AUGUGCACACUAUUUGUUGGCGGAGCAGCUGAAUCGCAAACUAAACAAGAGCCGAUAGAUGAUGAAUCCUCCAAAGAACCUUUUGAGUUCACUGAUAAUAUGGAAUCCGUUAAAAAUCUGAGCACUGCUACAUCAAUUCCACAGAGUGAACCAGUUCCAGCUGUUACAUCUCCAAAGGCUGUACUACAUUCACAAUCAGAACCUGAGCCGGAAGCUAAACCUGAACCGGAGUCUCAACAUCACUCACAUUCUAUCUUUGAGGUGUCUACAGUUGAACCUGAACCAGCUAUUAAGUUUGACAAUAUUAAGGCAGAAGAUUAUGGUGAUGUGGUUGAGUUGAAAAACCAGCCUGACGACCUUGACACGGAAGUGAUAGAACAGCUUGUAGAUAGAUUUCUCAACACUGGUUCGCUAGUGAAUAAUAACGCUCCGAAAUUUGCGAAUCCGGUUGCCCAAGCACUUGUUGGCAGCAGCAGUUACUGGAACACCGAUGGACUUGAAGCACCUGGAUCGAUUAAGGAUGAAGCCGAAAUAAGAAGAUGGAUUCAAGGUUACCAAACAGAAGCACAAAAGGUGCUGAAAGAGGUUGCAGCAGCUGGUUGGAAAUACUUCAGUCAUGCGUCACCGGCAGCUAAGCAGAGUUUGAAUGAGGCUGAAGAGGUUUUAUCACGUUUCGUUCGUUCGACAUCGAUGCAAGCAAAACAAUUCGAUGCGGAUUCUAUUCAGGAUGCUGAUCUGAAACGUCAGCUUGCCUAUGUGUCAUUUGAGGGCAUGUCAGCUCUAUCACCUACAGAUUAUGCUACAUUCAACCAAGCUCAAACUUCCCUAAAUCGAGUAGCUUCAGAAGUUACAGUCUGUGAUAGAGAUCUACCACCACCAUGCACGUUGAAAAAAAUCGAUAUGGAAUCGAUUUUCCAUAAUGAAAAAGAUGCCUCUCGACUAUCACAUCUAUGGAUUUCGUAUCUAACAGAAUUGGCUCGUGAGAAAUCCACAUAUCAGAAGCUGAUUGAACUCACUAAUAAAGGUGCUAAGUUAAACGGAUUCCGUGACGGAGGGUCAAUGUGGAGAAGCGCUUUCGAUUUGCCCGGAAAAAAUACUUCUCAAGUUUUCGAUUUUAAAACACAAAUCGAGAAAAUCUACACAAUGAUUGAACCAUUAUACAAACAUCUACACGCAUAUAUUCGAAGACAGCUUGCUGGAAUAUACGGCAAUCCCACUGGUCUGAGCAAGAAUGGGCCAAUUCCCGCUCAUCUCUUUGGUUCGGUUGACGGUGGUGACUGGUCUACCCACUAUGAACAAACGAAGCCCUUCGAUGAUCAGUCCAGUAUUCCCGAAGAUAUGCUUUUCUCAUUUCACACUCAAAACUAUACAACAAAACAAAUGUUUGUAAAGGCAUAUCGUUUUUUCAAGUCUAUUGGUUUUCCGUCGCUACCAAAAACGUUCUGGACAAAUUCUCAUUUUUCUCGAGUCUGGAGUAGGGAUAUGAUAUGUAAUCCGCCUGCUGCUCUGGACAUGAGAGAUGGUAACGAUUUUAGGGUUAAGGUAUGCGCUCAGCUGGGUAUGCCAGAUUUUGAACUCGCUCAUUCACUUAUGGCUCAAGUAUACUACCAGUACAUGUACAAACAACAACCGUUCUUGUUCAGCGACGCCAUUUCAAAAGUCUUCGCUCAUUUAUCAACAAAUCCUCAUUAUUUGUACUCGCAGAAGUUGGUGAGUGCCUCACAUUUGGAUAUCAAGGAUUCGCUAAUCAUUAAUAAACUCUACAAGGAAGCUUUAGAGAACUUAGCUAGAGUUCCGUUUUACAUUGUUGCUGAUAAUUGGCGAUAUGAACAGUUCGAAGAGAAGAUUCCAGGCGCUGAGAUUAACGAUCGAUGGUGGGAGCUUAGAACAAAGUAUGAAGGAGUUCGUGCACCUCAGCCAUACAACUCUUCGAACCUCGAUGCUCUUAUGCAUAUUACUAUUUCACAAAUUCACUCACCUGCCACGAAAUCACUGAUCAGUUAUGUGAUGCAGUUCCAGAUUUUGAAAGCUUUAUGUCCAUCUGAGACCGCACUGAGUGAGGGAUGUAUUCUCUCCGAAGACACUACAGUGAAACUUCGUCAAACUAUGAUGAAAGGUUCAUCUAUUACUUGGUUGGAAGCACUAGAGAUGAUCACAGGAAAAGCUCAAUUGGACCCUAUACCAUUACUCGAGUACUUCGAACCGUUGGCAAACUGGUUGAGGAACACAAACGAAGUAGACCAAGUGUAUACGGGCUGGGAUGGGGAUGGUGCCAUCUUUAGCCCUGAGGAAAUUCCUAAGCCCAGAGCUGGUAUGGAUGGAGGAAGUGGUGUUCUUAGCGAAGAUCGUGUCGCCUUCCCUGGUGGUAUCUGUGCCAAUGGUCAGGAAUGUUUGUUGGAUUCACACUGCAACGGAACAGUAUGUGUGUGUAAUGAUGGCUUAUAUACUCUGGAGAUUGGUGCAUCAGUGAACUGUGUUCCCGGAAAUCCCGCUGAUAGUGGAUUUGGAGACGGAAAGAAUUCUCGACUUGUAGAGCAGGGGCGGUUUGGUGAUCGGACUGUUUUCUUCGGAAACAACACCGAUUCCGGAGCCGGAUUCAACAGGAAAAUCAACAAAAACGCCAUCGAAACGGCCAAAAUCAUCGGCUUCCUUAAAAUUGACAACAUUCUUACUAGUGCUAUCGACGUUUUUACGUUGCUUUAA